UCCACAGCCCACAGCCCAUCUCCAGAAGCUUCGACAAAGUCUUGAACCCUACUAAAACCCUUCUAACAUUUUCAUUUCUACUCCCUUUCUCACAUCAUCAAAACAUCUUUUCCAACCAUCGGAAAAUAUUUGAAAUCGUUGAUUCUCCACUGAACAACAUGCACAGGAUUUCACGGCGCUCAGUCUCUGCGAUUCUGCGCAACGGUGGUUUCCGCCACCGGAAUGCGGUCGCCGCUUCUUCUCUCUCCUCAACUUCUCCCUUAAACCUAAACAUUUCUGAGGGUGAGGCAAAAUCGGAGUGUAGACAAUACUCAUCGUUGAGUUCGAGUAACUUCCGUGCUCCUGGCUUGCAUUUAAGUCAAGUAGGUCGUCGCUAUGAGUCCACGGCUGCGGCUGCUGACUCAACUGAUGGUGGUUCUCCUGUUGAGAAGUAUGAGUAUCAGGCAGAGGUUAGCAGACUCAUGGAUCUUAUUGUAAACAGCCUCUACAGUAACCAGGAGGUUUUCUUGAGAGAGCUAGUCAGCAAUGCAAGUGAUGCUCUAGACAAGCUUCGGUUUCUUAGUGUUACCCAACCAGAGCUUUCGAAGGACUCAGCUGAGCUUGAUAUUCGCGUCCAAGCUGACAAAGAUAAUGGGAUUAUCACAAUAACUGAUACUGGGAUUGGUAUGACACGUGAGGAACUUGUAGAUUGUCUUGGAACUAUUGCACAAAGUGGAACAGCUAAGUUUCUUAAGGCAUUGAAGGAUAGCAAAGAAGCUGGAGACAACAAUCUCAUCGGUCAAUUUGGUGUUGGGUUUUAUUCGGCAUUUUUAGUGUCUGAUAAGGUGGCUGUUGCAACAAAGAGUCCUAAGUCUGACAAACAGUAUGUGUGGGAGGGGGAAGCUAAUGCCAGCACCUAUACAAUUAGAGAGGAGACAGAUCCGGAAAGGCUGUUGCCUAGAGGAACCCGCAUAACACUUCAUCUGAAGGGUGAUGCCAAACAAUUUGCACAUCCAGAGAGAGUCCAGAAACUUCUUAAAAAUUACUCGCAAUUUGUUUCGUUUCCGAUAUACACAUGGGAGGAGAAGGGAUUUACAAAGGAGGUUGAGGUGGAGGAAGAUCCUGCUGAAGCUAAAAAGGAUGAUGAAGAAGUGCAAACUAAGGAAAAGAAAACCAAAAAGGUGAUUGAGAAGUACUGGGAUUGGGAGCGCAUAAAUGAGACUAAACCACUAUGGCUCCGGAAUCCGAAGGAAGUUGCAACGGAGGAGUACAAUGAGUUUUACCGAAAUACCUUCAAUGAGUAUUUAGAUCCUCUAGCAUCAACACACUUCACAACAGAGGGUGAGAUCGAAUUCAGAUCUGUCUUGUAUGUUCCAACGAUGCCGCCUAACGGACAAGACGAUUUAAUGAAUUCUAAGACCAAAAAUAUAAGGCUUUAUGUUAAACGGGUCUUCAUUUCAGAUGACUUUGAUGGUGAAUUGUUCCCUCGAUAUAUGGGCUUUAUAAGAGGCGUUGUGGAUUCGAGUGACCUUCCCCUCAAUGUUUCUCGAGAGAUUCUUCAAGAGAGCCGAAUAGUGAGAAUGAUGAGAAAAAGAUUGCUUAAGAAGGCCUUUGACAUGAUCCGUGGCAUAUCAAUGAGUGAGAACAAAGAUGAUUAUGAGAAGUUCUGGGAGACCUAUGGAAAACACCUAAAAUUAGGUUGCAUUGAAGAUGUGGAUAAUCACAAACAUAUUGCACCACUGCUACGGUUCUUCUCUUCUCAAAGUGACGAGGAGAUGAUAAGCCUGGAUGAAUACGUCGAAAACAUGAAACCUGACCAGAAGGAUAUCUACUUCAUCGCUUCUGACAGUGUAACACAUGCAAAAAAUACACCAUUCAUUGAGAAGCUUUUGGAAAAAGAUCUUGAAGUGCUCUUCUUAGUUGAUCCCAUUGAUGAGGUUGCCAUUCAGAAUCUAAAGGCUUACAAGGAGAAGAAAUUUGUGGACAUUAGCAAGGAAGGCUUAGACUUGGGAGCGGAAAAUGAGAAUGAAACAGAGGUGAAACAAGAAUUUGGAAAAACUUGUGACUGGAUAAAAAGACGAUUGGGUGAUAAAGUUGCUAGCGUCCAAGUUUCUAAUCGUUUGAGCUCUUCACCAUGUGUUCUUGCAACUGGGCAAUUUGGUUUUUCAGCUAAUAUGGAGAGGCUGAUGAAGGCACGGCAGAGUAGUAGUGGUACUUUGGACUUCAUGAAAGGCAGAAGAGUGCUUGAGAUUAAUCCUGAUCAUCUUGUUAUCAAAAGUUUGCAUGCUGCUUACAAGAGUGGUGCCGAGAGUGAAGAAAUUUUUAGAGCAGUUGACCUAUUAUAUGAUGCUGCACUGCUCUCCAGCGGUUACACUCCUGACAACCCUGCAGAGUUUAGUGGAAAGAUAUAUGAGAUGAUGGCCACGUCUCUAUCAGACAAAUUGGCGACACUUGAUGCACAACAACCACUUGACCAACAGCCACUGAAUCCUGAGAUAGUUGAAGCUGAGAUAGUCGAGCCAGUUGAAGCUGGUAAUCAGAAAUGAAGAGGACCGUGCACUGCAUAUUGUGGUACUCGGAUUCAAAUGGGGCUUUCAGUAACUAUAUAAUUGAUUCAGAGAUUUUGUCAGCACUGUGUUUUGGAAGUUCACUAUGAUGAAGCUAUGCUUGUGAAUUUGCGUCUGCGUAGUGUGUAGGUGAUAGUUGAAAGUUUCCGAGUGUUGUGCGCAUAUGGCUGACAUAUAAUAUCUCCUCAUCAUAGACAUUGAACUGGUUUCCGUCAUCAUAGAUCUAAUUGUUUGGGAGUUUCUACCUUGUGUCCCUUUUCAUCAAAAAGAUAUAUGCAUCUCAUUUUACUACCGUUAUGAAUUUUGGUAUAUAUGAAUUUUGGUUAAUAAUGGCUUGGAUACCAUUAUGAGUCAAUCCAACAAAUGGUCGCUAGAAACAUUAUAUUUUUGAGAUAUACUCCCUUCGUUUUGAAAUAAUGGGAACAAUUUACGCUUGUUAAUGUAAAUGUUUGAAUAUUAAUAUCUCUAAAUUUGUAUUCGUAAAAGUUAUAAAAAGUUAUAUUUUGAAAGUGCA